AUGCGCGUGGUUAAUGCGUCUCUGUCCGACCUCGCCCACUCCGUUGUCGACCGUCUACCUAGCAGUGGUCUCGCCCCCCUCAAGCCGCUGCAGUGGCUGCCUUCCUCGAAGACUGGUGACUGGCUCGCCAAGGAGGGCAGGCGAAAAUGGAAUCGGCGCCUGGUCACCAAAAUCGAGGAAGAGCAGGCUCGCUAUGGGCCCUUUACCAAGGGCGAGCAGGCCCUGUUGAUGUCAGUGGCGGGCACCGACCAUGUCCUAGCUGCCGUUCUCGCUCGGUUGGGAGAAGACGUGCAUCCGCUCACCAACGUUGUCGCACUCCGCCUCUGGCCGGACCACCUCCCCUGGCCAUCGCCAUGCUUUCUCCAUCUCCUUGAGGUUUUGUGCAUUUGCUUGGGAGCAGAUAACCACGAAGUCGCAAACCCCGACGCAUUCGCUGCUCUACGCCGCGGCAUAACAAGAAGUCUGGGCGACAUCAUGCGGAUUGCUACACGAGCCAUCGUUCCCGAAGACAAAAUGGCUUUGCGCCAUCUCGCCUUGGCCGAAUUGAAGGCACGAAGAAAAACGGAGGAGGAAUUCCAGCGAGAGAUAGAGUUGGAGGAGGUGAGAAGAUCUUGCCGAUGGCAAGGACUCGGUGAACCUUCAUCCCUCCGUCUGGUUCCGUGUCCUCUGUGGCGCCAGCAGCACGAUGGACUUUUCCCCGCGGAACCAGACGACAUCCACCGGCUCUUGGAUGAAGUUGAGCUCCCUCCCCCCAUUUUCCCUAUCGGCGGCAACGAGGAUUUCGACUUCGAACACUCGGAUACCGACACUCUCUUCGACAAAGUCGAGUUUGCGACAACCAGCACACCUAUUCGCCCGCCGCUUUCUCCCGUUGUUAAUCGCCUGUGGGCUCGUGGUACACCUCCAUUCGGCAGUAACGAAGAGGAGGAUUCCAAUGUUGGCCACACUGACUUGGUGCUCUUCGACGAAGUCGAGCCUGUCACGUCCAACACGACCAUUCCCCCCCCACUCUCUCCUCCCAAGAACCGUCUGUGGACAGCCAGCAGCAGUCAACUCGCUGAUGAAAAGGAAAAUAUCUCGCAAGGCAGUGGCGAUGGACGCAAGAAAGAGGAACACACGACGGCACACAGCCUUUUUUUCCAUUAG